AUGGCCCAAACCGGUAUUGCUGUCGGUUUGAACAAGGGUCACAAAACCACCCAAAAGGAAGUUGUUCCAAGACUUUCCCGCAAGAAGGGAGUCUUGUCCAAGAGAGCUGCUUUCGUCAGAAGCAUUGUCUCUGAGGUCUCCGGCUUGGCCCCAUACGAGAGAAGAUUGAUCGAGUUGAUCAGAAACGCCAGCGAGAAGAGAGCCAAGAAGUUGGCCAAGAAGAGAUUGGGUACCCACAAGAGAGCCUUGAGAAAGGUUGAGGAGAUGAACAAGAUCAUUGCUGAGUCUAAGAGACACUAA